CCUUUUUUGAAUAGAGGCACCACAUUAGCAAUUCGCCAGUCUCUCGGCACUAUGCCAGAUUUGUGCGUCUGUCUGUUCUCCAUGGAUAUUAUUCUCUGUAUGUAUAUAUGUAAUUAAGCCACAUCUCUCUCUUCCUCUCUUGUAGUUUAUCCUCACUGUACCCUUGUACCAACCACUUCACUAAUUUACUUAUUCAGUUACAUUCAUAAAGCAUCUCUUUCUCAGUCAAUUAAUUUCACUACCUCGUCUUCUAUUUCUCUGCACCAGCCUUCUUCAAGUUUAUCUCCACUGUGUGCCCUUUCUCUGCCCAUCUAUUUGAAUCUGUUCUUCAUUUUCUUAUUGCACCUCAUUGCUUCUCUCAUUCCAAGCUCCCUUUCCCUUGUGGAAAAUAAUCAAGUAAGCACAGAUUAUUACACAAAUAUAAUUGGCUGUCAAAGACCUAUAAUUGUUAAACACUAGACUCCCACCUGUCAUCCUGAUGGUAGCCCUGACAAUAAUGUUAGUGAUAUCACAAGUAGUGGGAUUAAUAAAUGGGCCCGCAUAUUACCUGUUUUACUUGGUGCACACAGGUGUGACUUCAGUUGUCAAAUAAAGCUAAGGAUUUAACAACUGUGGGAGGACGACAGGUUGCCUAUUUCUGUUAUAUUUUGGUAUUUUUACUUAGGGUGCAUUUCAUCAUUUAUUAAUGAUGGUCUUAGGGUAACAAAGUAUUGUUGCAUAUGUAACAAACACCAGAGAGAGUCAUUUGUGUAAAAUAAUUUCUUUGAAAAUCAUGCGCUCAUAAUGCCAUUAUAACACAUGUGAUUUCAAGCUGCUAGGGACACCCAUUAACUAGCAGUAGGUCACAUUCUAAGUGCAAGAAUACUGCUACCAGAUGCCAUAAAUAGACGUUGCUUAAAGCACUGUAAUAUUGCCAGGCAUUAAGUUAAUCUUUUGUCUGAUUUCUGCUGCCUUCUAGUGCCCUUGCUCUUUAAAGUCAAGAUAUCAUUGCAAACAGGUGUUUUUGCAUCUGCCCAGUAGGGCAUAAGAGCUCAUUUACUAAUACACAAUGUCCUGCCACUUGUAGUGUCACAUGCAUUAUCAACAGGUUAGACAGGGGUUUUGCAGGGGCUGGAAUGUGGCUGGGGAGAUUGAGGCAUGGACAGACAGACCAAUAACUGGGGCCCAAAGAUGUAUAUUUCCAUUGCCAUUUCAUUUUACAACAUUCAUUGUCAUUGAAGAAAACCAGCAAUAUACCCAUUGAAAGUAUUGCUUGCCAUAAUUAUAAAAGCACAUGCGUUGUCAGACACCUAAUUUACACCAUUUCAUGGGGUGUGUGCCUAUCUCUUCUUUCUCACUUGAAUGGGAAACAUCUGAAAGGGGUCCCAAACAUUUAAAUAGCUACAGUUUGCCCAGUGUAGCCUGGGACAAUCAACAUUUCUAGCAUGCUUUAGCUCUUUGUGUUAAGUUUGAUAUGUUGUAAUUGGGAAUGUGGAGAGGCCUCUUUUGAAUAAUGCAGCUAUUAAGAGAACAAAUGGAGUAAACAAAAACAAUGGAUGUCCCAAUAACUGAUGCUUCCAUUCCGGAGGUGCUCUAUGCCCAACCUCUAAAUGGGCUGUCUCCUCACACCAUGACAAGCCUCGCUAAAGAGCUUAACUGCAUAGAUUAAACCUUAAAAAACUGUCUCCUGGUUCCCAUCUGUUACACAGAGCUGUCAUUUCUCCUCCUGUAUGGUGUCAAAACUAAAUGGGUAUUUUUGUCUGGUGUCUUAAGGAUUUGUACUUUGGUUUUUUUAUAACUCAUCUGAUUAAUCACAGACACUCAUACAUAUUUCUUACUCCAAUCAAUUUUAAAAAAUGGAACAACUUCUAUGGCAUCUCUUCUUGGGGUUCCUUUGCAUUGCAGUGAUGGACGGAGAGAAGCAAACUCUUGCAGAACUCAGCACAUCAAUGGAAAAUCUCUCACAAAAGGAAAUUACAGAGUUACUUGGGACAGAAGCUGGAAGUGGCUCAUUGCUUGAAGAACAAAAGUCCCCUUCAGCCAGUGCAGCACAUCAACUCUACAGAAGUUUCCUCAGGAGGAGAAAAAGAUCCAUUUUAUUUCCAAAUGGAGUCAAAGUAUGCCCAGAAGAAACCAUCGACCAGGCCCUGGCAAACCAUAUGAAAUUUUUUAAACUAAGGGUAUGCCAAGAAACGAUCUGGGAGGUGUUCAAGAUAUUCUGGGACCGUCUGCCCAAUCAAACAGAAUACCAACAAUGGAUGAAAUUAUGUGAAGAGGGCACGAUGACAGCAUUCGACAUUGGAGCCAAAUUUAGUAUGUCUCAAGAACAUCAUCAGUUAGUCACUAAGAAACUGUCAAUAACUAAACACGCAUCCAGUGGGUCAUGCAAUGGGUGGUCCUGUGGCUCAGAAGCGACACCAUUGCCUUCAGCACAUGAAACAACAGCAUUUCGAGAUGCAGCUGCCAAUGUGCCACUUUCAUAUGAAAUAUCAGUGGAAAUUGAUACCCCUACAGACUCAUUUGAGCUACUGCCUGAGGAAAAUAUGAACAAUGAAAUAAUCCUGAUGACAGAGAAGCCAUUAAUUCCAGUGGUAGAAAAGAUGGUAGAGAUGAGUAUCAUUCUUCCCACUGAAUCAUACAACACAGAACUAAGUGACAAAUUUUCUUCUGCACACCACAAGCUUUCAGAAAAUUUUAUUGAUCAAGUGCAAAAUAUGUUUGAAGUUCUGCCAGGAUACAAAACAAUGUUUGUUCAAGAAUUAAGUCCUUCCUUACUGGAUGACAGAAUUGCCGUGGAGGUGCGCUUUGCUGUGAUUUUUGACGGUGACUCAGAUGCUAUAAAUAAUGCUUCUAUGGACCUCAUUAACCUCCAUUUGAAUAAAGAUGAAAACAGUGCAUUUAAUGAAAUUGAAGACAAUCCUACAACAUCUUAUACAGGUGUUAGCUUUAAAAGUUACGUAGCAGAAAUGCUCCAUAAGUAUAUGUUACUUGGAAACCGUACCCUGGACUUCGUUCUUGAUUCACUUCAGCUGAUAAAAAUUGAAAAUGCUCCAUUAGAUAAUUUUAAUGAAUGGACAUCUAUAACGGAGGAGCCAACAUUUCCACUACCGUCAACUGCAGAUGUUAACAAUGCACUACAAGCUGAAUGGCUUCCAAAUGGCCAUUCAACAUUAAGGAAUAUUGUGCCUGCAGCACAAAAUAAUGAACAGCUGACUACAAAAAGUGAAGUUGAAGACAACAUUGCAAGCACAGUUGAAGACACAGACCUAAUUAUUGAUGGGUCUCCUGGUUUUGAAUAUAGUUUUACGACUCCAGCUGUUUCUCCUCUUUUUCAGGAAAAUGACAUCAUUACAUUGAUGGAAGCCAGAUUAACAACAGUUUCUAGUUUAAAUAUUGAGUUAGACAUUCAAGAAGAAUCUGGGGAUAAUGAAUUGCUUCUAUAUGAGCAGUCUACUUUAAAUAUAGUGGCUGAGCAAGUGCCAAAAAGUACACCAGCUUCUACCAAAACCAAUAUUUUACCAACCAUUUUGCCAACACUUGAGACCUCUUCAUCAGAUAAAGAAUCUAGUGUAGACAUUUUGACAUCCGCUAUAGCAGCUGAAGAGCCUGUAUUAAGUGAAUCUUCUUUUGUAAACCAAAUAAAGGAAACUGGAAGUACCAUCUUUACUCAUACUGAAAAUGAUGCCUUAGUGCUCUCAGUUGACACUUUCACAGAAGAGAGUAAAUUAGAAAAGAAUGAGUUAUUGAUAGAAGACCAUUUACUUCCAACUAGUUUACAGCCUGAACUUAUUAGUCAUUCUGAUGAGGGAUCAGGUUCAAAUUUUGUACCUUUUGUAAAGGUCAAUAAGACUGAUAAUAUACAUUGGACUAUAUCAACAGUGGAGCCUCACCAUUCUAUUAACCAAAUAUAUGAUACUAAUUAUAUAAUGGAGAUUCCAAAAAUGCCUGAUGAAAUUGACCCCUUUAAUGAACAGGCUAAUAGAAUGGAAAGCGUUUCAAAGCUGGUACCUGAGGAGUCAGAGCAGUCUGGUACCUACUCUUCAACAGAGGGGCUAGUAAAUCUACCAAAAAUGUCCACGACCGAAUCUGCUCCUGUAUUAUGGACAUUUGAAACUUUGACCAUUGAGCAAUCAUCAGAUAUGGAUAUAUAUGACUAUUCAUUCACUGAAUCAAAUAGUUUAAUGGAAUCAGCUAUGGAAUAUGCAACUGUAGAUACAUCAGAUGAAGAGAUUUCAUGGAUAACAACCAAUUCUCUACAAAAAGAAGAAUUAUCAUCAUUGAAAGACAUGUUUUCAGAAGUGGACACUGAUGUGACUCUUAGCUCCUCAUCUAAUGAAAUACAACCAUUAAAACCGCAGGUCCUUAGUCUUAGUACAUAUCCACCAAUCAGAGAAUUUAACACAGAACCUGAUAAAAACAAUGCAAUAUUAGAAGCUGGGAAUGAAGAGGAGACAGAUUUGACAACCAACCCAAUUUCUAAUGAAAUACAACCAUUAAACCAGCAGGUCCUUAGUCUUAUUACAUCUUCACCAAUCAGGGAACAUGAUUUACAUACAGAGAAUACUGUAUUAGCAAUAUCAUUAGAUGCUGGGAAUGGAGAUGUGCAGACAGACGUGACAGUCAGAUCUAUCUCUAUUGAAAUUCAGCCAGAAAACCUGCAGGUCUUUAGUCUUACUACAUCACAACCAAUCAGGGAAAAUGAAUUUCUGUUAACCACAGAACAUGCAAUAUUAGAAUCAUUAGAGACUGUCAGUGAACAAGUGCAGUCAGAAGUGAUAGCCAGCUCAAUCGCUAAUGAAAUACAGCCAUUAAACCAGCAGGUCCUUAGUCUUAUUACAUCUUUACCGAUCAAAGAGCAUGAUUCACACACAGAGCAUACAGUAUUAGCAAUAUCAUUAGAUGUUGGCAAUGGACAUGUGCCGUCAGAUGGGGCAGCCAGCUCAGUCUCUAAUGAAAUACAACCAGAAAACUUGCAGGUCCUUAGUCUUACUACAUCUCCACCAAUCAAAGAACAUGAUUUUCUGUUAACCACAGAACAUGGAAUGUUAUCAAAAUCAUUAGAUGCUGGCAAUGAAGAAGUGGGCACAGUGACAUUCAGCUCCAUCUCUAAUGAAAUACAAUCAUUAUACCCACAGGUCCUUAGUCAUACUACAUCACAACCAAUCAGGGAACAUGAAUUUAUGUUAACCACAGAACCAGCAAUAUUAGCAACAUCAUUAGAGGUUGCCAGUGAAGAAGUGCAAUCAGAUGUGACAGCCAGCUCCAUCUCUAAUGAAAUACAAUCAUUAUACCCGCAGGUCCUUAGUCAUAAUACAUCUACGCCAAUCACAGAACAUGAUUUCCUGUUAAACACAGAACAUGCAAUAUUAGGAACAUCACUAGAUGCUGACAAUAAAGAAGUAGAGACAGAUGUGAUAAUCAGCUCAAUCUCUAAUGAAACACAACCAUUAAACCCACAGAUCCUUAGUCUUACUACUUCUCCACCCAUCCGAGAACACAAUUCUUUGUUAAACAGAGAAAAUUCAAUGUUAGCAACAUCAUUAGAUGCUGGCAAUGAAGAUAUAGAGACAGAUGUGACAAUCCGCUCCACCACUAAUGAAAUACAACCAUUAAACUUGCAGGUUCUUACUACAUCUCCGCCAAUAAGAGACCAUGAGUCUCUGUUAAACAUAGGUCAUGAUAAAGAUAAUCUAAUAUUAGUGACAUCAUUAGAUGUUGGGAAUGAAGAAGUUGACAUAGAUGUGACAGUCAGCUCCACUUUUAAUGAAAUACAACCAUUAAACACACAGGGUUUUAGUCAUAGCACGACUCCACCAAUCAGAGAAGUUGGGUCUCCUUUUAACACAGAAAUCACAUCUCCACCAAUCAGAGAACAUAACUCUCUCACAGAAACUAAUAAAGAUAAUGCAAUAUUAAUCUCAUUGCCGGACGCUAGGAAUGAAGAACAUUCAUUAUUUACCAAUGAUCAGUCAAGUAUAACUGAUGAAAUCUUGAAUACAGUCCCAAACAUUAUUUCCAAUAAGACGACUACAUUCCUUGACAUUGACAGUACAUUCAAAGUAGAUAAUAUUCCCACUACUCAUAAAGAAGCUCUUGACAUAGAUUCAGUGACAGAGUAUAAACAUGUUUUUAGUGAUGCCUCAAUGGAACCAACGGAUACUCUGAGUUCUGCUGUUCUUUCAGUAAAAAAAGAGGAAGAAGUAACAGUGGAAGUUCAGAACAUAUCCUCAGAAUUAGAUAACUUAAGUACAGUUUAUUAUCACCCUGACAUGAGUCCAGAAGAAAGAAGCAUAGUGGCUAAAAACAUUCAUUCCACAGACCUCGCUGGUGUGAUUUUCUCCGAGAAGGGUGGAAAUGUUUCAGCUUCUGCAAGAGCACUUGUGGUGUUUUUCAGUCUUCGUGUCACCAACAUGAUAUUUUCAGAGGAUUUGUUUAACAAAAACUCUCCUGAAUAUAAAGCUCUGGAACAAAGAUUUAUAGAACUGUUGGUUCCAUAUCUCCAGUCCAAUCUAACUGGCUUUCAAAACCUUGAAAUUUUGAAUUUCCGUAAUGGCAGUAUCAUCGUAAACAGCAGAAUGAAGUUUGCAAAACCUGUUCCUCGAAAUGUGACCAAUGCAGUGUAUGUCAUUCUUGAAGACUUCUGUAACACUGCAUAUCAGACUAUGAAUUUGGCCAUUGACAAAUACUCACUGGAUGUUGAAUCAGGGGAUGUAGCUGAUCCAUGUAAAUUUCAAGCAUGCAAUGAGUUUUCUGAAUGUCUCAUAAACAAGUGGAGUGGGGAAGGAGAAUGUGUCUGUAACCCAGGAUAUGUCAGUGUGGAUGGCAUGCCUUGUCAGAGUUUAUGUGAUCUAGAAAUAGAGUUUUGCCAAAAUGAUGGCAAGUGUGAUAUUAUUCCUGGACAAGGUGCUAUUUGUAGGUGUAGAGUGGGAGAAAACUGGUGGUACAGAGGAGAACAUUGUGAAGAAUAUGUUUCAGAGCCUUUAGUGGUUGGUAUAGCCAUUGCAUCAGUAGCCGGCUUUCUCCUUGUAGCUUCUGCUGUCAUUUUCUUCUUGGCAAGGACACUCCGAGUUCAGAACUCAAAGGGUGAUCAUGAAGAAUCCUUUGGGAGACCAAAUGACAGCAUAUCAUCUAUUGAACAUCCUGUGAAAUACAAUCCCAUGUACGAGAGUGACAUUACGGGUUAUAGUCACUACUGUAAGAAAUAUCCCCAUUAUUCAUCGACCACAUCUACCAGUCCCGAGACCUCUGCAGACUUCAGCAGUGAAGAGAUCCGGCACAUCUAUGAACACAGCGAGCUCUCGAAAGAGGAAAUCCAGGAUCGAAUAAGAAUAAUUGAGCUUUAUGCAAAAGACAAACAAUUUGCUGAAUUUGUGAGGCAACACCAGAUGUCUGUGGACAAUGUCAGAAAAGCAAACCCUACAAGUUAAUAAUUCAGACAUUUCCAACAGCCAAGGAGGCUUUCAAGAUGGAAGAUGAAAGGAUCCCAACCCAUCACUCUUGCCAUUACAGUAGAGUAGAGAAGCUAUUACCUUACACUGUGUUAAAGUGAAGUGCAUAUGUUCAAUGUGUAUGAUGUUAGUAUGGCUGUAUUGAAGUGUAUAAGUUGAUAUGCGAUGAAUGCUACCUUACACAGACUGAAAAAAACAGCUUUAUAAAGUAAUGUUUCAAUGAUUGACAGAUGUAUGUUAUAUUUUACAAUAAUAUUAGGCUUCCUGGACUUUUUUUUUUGUAAAACAUAUGCAGCUGUACAUAAAAAUGGAUGAAACAAUGUUUUGUUUUGCUGUCAUAACUGGGAUAUGGCCAAAAGAGCUUUUCCUCAAGUGUGAAAGAAAAUCUAAUGUUGCAAGUAUAUUGUUGUUGCUAUAUAAAAUGUAAGUAGAAGAAGGUUUAUGAUAUACAAGAGUAAUGCUUUUAAAGGGGUCAUGUACAAUUUUUAACGUCAUCCAAGUGCACAACUGCACCUGCACUAUCUUUUCCAUCUCUGUGAAGAGAAAUCCUACUCACAAUCUGCAGGUUUAGAGCAGAGUAUUUACAUAGCUGGGGUACUUAGGUACUUGUAGGGGAUGAUGGUGUGGGUCAAAAAAUCUUGGUCCCAUCCCACAUUGCAGCCCCGUGUUGUAUUCGAGCUGUCAUAAAGGGUACUGGAUGUUGUGUUUCCCUGAUGUGAGGCUUGGGGGGACAGUUAGUGGCAGUAUAUAUCACAGUUUGAUACCCUCUGUCACUGUAAUAUGCCCAGCACACAUGCAGGGCUCCAGCACUCUACAUUAUAGGUCUAACCCAGUCACAGCCUGUAGCUCAGAGACAACUGGGCUGAGAUGUAUAACAGGGCUGCGCCAAAAUAUAAAACCAAUACAGAUAAACAUAUGAAGGGGUGCAUAAUAUAGCAUAACAUAAAAUUGUUUGUGGAUGAGUCUAGAGAAGAAUCAGGUGGUGCUUCAUAAAUUUACAAACUCCCUGUGAGAUUUAACAGGAUGAUCAGGAUAAAAAUGGGAUUAAAAUAAUCUGGCAAGGUGCAGACCCAUUCACAGUUCAAUGUGUCACUUCUCUGAAAUUUCCAGCCUUCCCCAUCAAUUUAAUCUUGCAGUUCUGUGGCUCCCCUUCACUUCCUGCUGUUCUAAUCAUUCGGGUGGUUGACCCUAAUGAAUGGAACAUUUGAAAGGUGGCUAUGCAUGGUGUAUGGUCCCUUGCACAACAAUAUCUGUCUGUUUGACUGCAGGUGGAUUAACGGUAUAACAUACAGGUUGACUCAUGUAUACCCAGCUUCUGUAAACCAGGUCUACUUUGGUAUUAAAUAGCUGUAUCUAUAGUAUAUAGGCAUAAAGAAUUUAGAGAAAUAGAAGUAUUUCUAGCAUAACUACUCAGUACAAUAAGAUUAUUUGGAUACUCACAUUUGGUACUUGUAUAUGACACCAAAGAGCACACAAAAUGACAUAUCCUUUACAAUCAAAAUAAUGUCCGUGUAUUCUAUAUAACUACUAAUUUAUUACAAUCGAUAAAAUGUUUGCAUUUUGGUGUUUUAAUAUCAUAUUUCAAUCUAAUCUACAACAAUUUACGAAGCUCUCCAGAAAUAUAAACUCAGUUUUUGCAGUUCCUAUUUAAUAAUCUUUUUAUUAAUUGUAUAGUUUUUGAGAAACUGAAUGACUUGUGUCCUCACUUUACAUAACAGUUUUAUUCUUAAUGCAGCCAAGUGACUUAUGCUAUCUGUAAGUGUCUGAAGUCAGGUUGAUAUACUGAGGAAGUCCCUGACUGACUACCUCAUCUUUACUUGUUUUUCCCAGGUGCAGCCAACUGGCUCUUGCUAUCUGUUGGUGACUCACAGCAUGACAGCUUGUACUUAGUUGGGAAAAUAAAAAAAUUUAAAGGUUCUGGGAGAACAUUAUUAAAACAUGACAUAUUGCAAGAUCUACAGGAAAAAAUUAAAACUACAGUUUAAUCAACUUAGUUUUUAUUACUUAAGAAUGUAUUACAUCCCCUAUGGCUAAUAUGGGGUAUUUUUUUGAGUAUCUGUGUAAAUUUAACUUUAAGGUGUGCCUUUUGUAUUUGUAAAACAAUAGGUGUUUCAUAGAGCUCAAAGGUACACUCACGUAACCACAGUUAUUUGCUAAGGAAAUUGCGUGGCAAAAUUCCUAAGAAAGCAAAUCUUUAAUAUCUCAUAGAAACCUAUUAAAUCUAAAAAUACUGUAUACUGCUUGCUUUUCCAUAGAGUAAAGAAGGAUUAUCUUCAAUUUCCCCGUUUACCCUUUUAUAGCUCAAGAAAUAACAAAAACCAUAGAUUUUGUUGUGAUUAAAACAAUGGACAUAAAGUAUGUUCAAUCCUAUUCGUUGAACCCAUGUUAAACAAGGGGGGUAUGCUGCUAGUUUAAAGGUACCACCCUGAUGAUAAUUUGUAUUCAUCUAUAUUAUGCAGUGGCGCAACUAGAGUGUGCCGGUCCCCCCUGCAAAAAAAACGUCAGCAGUGCACGGCGAACUCUGAUCCCCAUCCUCCCAACCCUCUCACCCACUUCCUGCCCUCCUCCUCCCACUCCCCAUCCUGCCUUCUCCCACCCCCCCUCCACUCAUUAUUGCUAAGCAAAGGUUGAUAUUAAUACCUGCUCUGGAGUUUCAUUAAAUAUUUUGUUGCAAAAUACGAUUUGUAAUUGCACAAUUUUAUUACAUACUCUGUAUGUUUGCAAAAGCCAUUUGGUCGCAAACCUUGCGAAGAAGUCGUUGAGGUCUGUAAUCGGUCAAAAAGGACAAAACAUGGUCGCUAACAUUCGCAGUGGUCUUUGCAAAUGUUUUUUUUGCUAACAAACAUAUCAUAUUCCCCCUAGUUCAGACUUAUAUAUUUAUUUGCACUGCAUGUUGUGUUUUCAUGUACACUUAGCUGGGGCCAGCAUGUAGCUAUAUGUAUCUUAGUGUAAUACCAUAUGUACAUUCUCUGCUAUUGAAAAAAAAGCACUGGCCUGGAAAGCUUGUCUUGUAAAAAAAAUAGUAAGCAAACAUUCAAAUGUUGUGAAUAAUAUAAAGUUAGUUUAUGGAAGCACUUGACUAAUGUCAUGACAUUUUAACUGACAAUACCAUGGAUCACUGAGAUCUCUUUGCUAAAAAUAGAAUCUAUGUGUUAAUGGUUGGAUUUGGAGAAGACUUGGUUGGUGCUUGAUGAAUGUACAUCUUCCCAGUGGGAUUUUGCAGGAUCAUAAGGAUAAACUGGAGUUAAAAUAAUCUGACAAGGUGUAGAUUCAUCCACAGCAAAUUUCCAUGCAGACCUUGCCCUAUGGUAUUUUCCAGCCAUUCCAAUUAAUAUCUUACCUAACCUUGAACAGAAAUCUGUUGUGUAGGAUAUUGUUCAUUGAAAUGGCCUGGUGAGCAUGAAUGGGGUAAGGGUGUUAACCUAAACCUUUGGUUUAUGGUCUAUGUAGCAUAUUUUUCUUUGCCUGAAUAAUUAUUGCAAGUGAUAAAUUUAAGCAUGUUCCUUCUUCAGUAAAACUAGUAGAAAUCCUGUCCAUGAAAUAUCCCUAUACAUCAAGCAAGAACCAAGUUUUAAUAAACUACUAAAAACUGCAGCCACAGUAUGUAAUUCAGUGUUCUACAGUGUUGCAAGGCACACAAACAUAGACAGAUAUGAUUUUUAAUUUUUUUUUACUCCUGAUAAAUUCUACCCACUUUUAAUAGGUGAGCAGAGUGAAAAGCUGUUACACUGAUUCUUAUAUAUAGUAUGGAUAUCGCAGCUGUUAUUGUUUAACCUCCUUAGCUCAGAAAGGAGCUAGAAAGCUCUCUGGCACCAAGAGCUAAACAUUUCUGUUUUUGUACUUCUUACUUUCUCACACUGUAUGCUCUAAAUGGGAAAGUUUGUGCCAAUGUAUUUUUCUGUUGUAGGCAUAAGCCAUAUUGAGCAGAAAUGAUAGCUGGCAUUUACAUUUAGCCAUAAGAUAUAUGGUAUUUAGUUAUGUUGUCGACUGUUACCCUAACUGUUAUGUUACAUACAUCUGUAUAGACUUUGCACAUUUUGAAAUAAAUAAUUUAAAAUCUC